UCGAGGCAAUUUGCACGACAAGGAACGUUACCGCAAUUGAUGUGGUCAUUGCAUGCGACCUGAUCUAUGAGGCUGAACUGCUUCCCGUUCUUGCCAGUACACUCAAGGAUAUUGCAACAAUGUCGCAACGUCCAACCACCAUCGUCAUCGGCUACAAGCAGCGAGGCCUUACUCAAGCUGAAAAGGCCGGCUUGUGGCGUACGUUUGAAGAAGCUUGUGGAUUCAAGGUGGCGAGAAUGCAACAUGUCGCUUGCACGUCUAUGCUCGCAGAGAAGGUCGAGGCCGAUUUUGUCGGGUUGGAGCUGUGGCUACUCACUAUGUCUGGUUGAUGCUACUCUUGACAGUUCAUGCUCAUGAGAGGGAUACUGAGGAUCUGGCUGUUUUAUAGAUCUUGAAUCCAUCUCAACCUCUUGCGAGAAUACAACACUGCAAGCACAACGACGACUUUGACCCCUUUCUCACCUUCAUCGAUCCUCACAUGUCAGUCGUUGUCUGCUUUCAAGGCCAGACAGUCGCACUUGAAGAUGGUGCAUCCGCACUCAUCGGAUACGCACAAAAUGAGACGAGCAAAGCCGCUGGGUUCCACUUCAACAACCCCGACUUGGCCAUUCUACAUGCCCUCAUCUCCUUGCGCGACGGCCAGCUCACAAUCAAGAACUUGUCGCCACUGCGACAGACCUUUGUCAAUGGCAAGCGCGUCGAAUCAGAAGCAGUACGACUUCGUCUAGGUGAUACAUUAUCCUUGGGCCCGCAACGAUCAGCGACGAGUGGUGGAUAUACCAGGAGUAUCAGUGGGCCUGUAACGUGGACCUUCUCGUCGGAAUUUAUACAGCUCUAUCCUACAGCAUUACUGAGCGAUGAUGCAGUGAAAGACCCCUUGUCCGAGUCGUCCAUGCUUGACAGCUUGCCGAGUCUCGAGUACAAUAGCUCUGUCAGCGGUGCAAGCGAUGAGCAUUCAGGCACUGCAGAGGCAGAUGAAUCAAUGGUUGUGUGGUCGGAUUUUGACGAAGCACAAAGGCAGCUAUUGAAGCAUUCGUCUCCGCCAACUUCAACACGUAAGCGCAAGUUGUCAGAGUCUCUGGAAAUCUUGUCGCCAGAGGAAGAUGGACUGGAUUCGGCAAGGGACGUCCAGCCAGCACUGAACCGAUUCGAGUGUAAUGCCGGUGAUGAGACCCAUCAAGCGUUCUUUGAUGUCAAUCAAUUUGAAGUGCUGGCAAGCCGCGAAUAUCGUCGUUGUUGCGACGGAUUAUCUUCCAAGAAUGACGAGUCAAGUCAAUUGCGUACAAGCUUGGACCAAGUAACGAGCAUUCUGGCUUCGUCUCGGUCAUUGAUCUGGCAUCUUUGGUCCAAGCAAUGUCAACUCGUAAAAGUCUGGUGUCUUCAUCACUUUAGUCUUCUCCCAAGUGCAAAUCAACGAGAAAGUAGCCCAGCGCCAGGGGACAUCUGGCUCUCAGAUCAGCAACUGAAGUCUCUUGCGGAUCUGUGCCGCGAGGCUCUGCAUAGGAUGAUGUGGGAAUACGCGGAUCAAGGCAUUGGUAUGCAAGCUCUAUCGACACGCUUCUUGCGCUCGACCGAGACUCUAAUGGCCUUGCUUGGCCGUACGGCUGUCGACAUCUGCUUGCAUCAUAGGUCCGAGAUUUUCUUUUGCCUUGGGCUCACAUUGGGUUGUCUUGUGGGUUACGUACUGGCGUAGACUUCCCAAUCAUGAUUUGCUUGACUUCCAAUGACCCUGAGCUUUGCCGAACAGUGUAAUCGGGUCAAGUUCGUAUGCUCCAUGGGCUUGCCGAUGAGCUGAUGAUGUUGUCUCUGCCAGCAUCAUACACGGAG